UGCUGUUGCGUCAUCACGGCGCGUCGUGUUCUUUUGGACCCGCAGCAGUUGAGUUCUGAUCGGUGAGGAUGUUUUCAGCGGUUCUGCGCGCGGGGUUCAGGAGUCUGAGCCGAACACGAGCGAAUCACACAGCUCCUCUGGCUGUCAGAUGUUACUCUCAUGCUGAAGUUGAGACAGAUGAGGAGUUUGAUUCUCGCUGGGUGACGUACUUCAGCAAACCAGACCUCGACGCCUGGGAGCUGCGCAAAGGCAUGAACACACUGAUCGGUUAUGAUCUUGUCCCUGAGCCGAAGAUCAUUGAUUCUGCUCUGCGUGCCUGCAGGCGCUUGAAUGAUCUGGCCAGCGCCAUCCGCAUCCUAGAAGCUGUCAGAGAUAAAUCUGGACCUCAUAAGGAGAUCUACCCGUAUGUGAUCCAGGAGCUGAGUCCUACACUGCAGGAGCUGGGCAUCUCCACCCCAGAAGAACUGGGCAUUGAUAAAGUGUGAAGCGGUUUUUAUGUGAAUUUGAUGAGGAUUCUACCUCUUGACUCACUGUGUGAUUUUAAAGAUGUCAGACUCCGUUCUGUCUUGUGUAAAGCAAUGGACCCAAUAAACCCAGCAAUACUUCAA